CCUGCUGUCGACACCAUCAGAGAUUCCCCCACAGAUACCCACCACAGGGAGCCCAGGAGAUCAUGAAGCUGAAGCUGAAGCUGCCGAACCCAGGCCUCCAGGACAGGAUCCUGAGCCAUGAUGAGCUGGAACGACUGGAGGUGGAGGAGGCUGGAGACAGACCCAAGUGGGACAACAAAGCCCAGUACAUGCUGACCUGCGUGGGAUUCUGUGUGGGUUUGGGCAACGUCUGGCGCUUCCCCUACCUGUGCCAGAGCCAUGGAGGAGGGGCCUUCAUGAUUCCCUUCCUAAUCCUGCUGGUUUUUGAGGGAAUCCCUCUUCUCCAUCUGGAGUUUGCCAUCGGUCAGCGGCUAAGGAAAGGAAGCGUUGGGGUGUGGAGAACUAUUAACCCCUACAUGCUUGGAGUUGGUAUUGCAUCUAUGUGUGUGUCCUUUCUGGUCAGUCUGUACUAUAACACCAUCAUAGCCUGGGUCAUGUGGUACUUCUUCAACUCCUUCCAGGAGCCUCUGCCUUGGAGCCAGUGUCCCAUCAAUGCCAACAGGACAGGACUGGUUUCGGAGUGUGAGAGGAGCUCACCUGUGGACUAUUUCUGGUAUCGUGAGACUCUGAACACCUCAGCGGCUAUAGAUGAGACAGGAGGUCUGCAGUGGUGGAUGAUCCUCUGUCUGAUCUCGGCCUGGGGAGUGCUGUACGUCUGCUGCAUCCGCGGAAUAGAGACGACUGGAAAGGCUGUUUAUGUGACGUCUACGUUGCCAUAUGUAGUUCUUACAAUCUUCCUGAUCAGAGGACUGACUCUGAAAGGAUCCGUUGAUGGCAUUAAGUUCCUCUUCACUCCAGAUCUAAACGAGUUAGCAAACCCAUCCACAUGGUUAGAUGCAGGUGCACAAGUGUUUUAUUCAUUUUCUCUGGCUUUUGGAGGUCUCAUCUCCUUCUCCAGCUACAAUUCUGUGCACAAUAAUUGUGAGCAAGAUGCAGUAAUCAUCUCCAUCAUUAACGCCUUUACCUCGAUCUACGCUGCCACUGUCAUCUACAGCAUUAUUGGUUUCAGAGCUACAGAGAGAUUUGAUGACUGUUUGAGUGGAAACAUCUUGACUCUUCUGAACACAUUUGAUCUGCCAGAAGGAAACAUCACUCAGAACAACUAUCAAGAGGUUCUCUACAGCCUUAAUAGUACAAACCCUGAUAUUAUCAGCAACCUCCAUCUUAAAACCUGUGAUCUAAACAGCUUCCUCAGUGAGGGUGUAGAAGGAACAGGUCUGGCCUUCAUUGUGUUCACUGAGGCAAUCACCAAGAUGCCACUGUCUCCACUCUGGUCCGUUCUGUUCUUCAUCAUGCUCUUCUGUCUCGGCCUGUCCUCCAUGUUUGGCAACAUUGAGGGUGUUCUGGUUCCCCUGCAGGACCUGAAGGUCUUUCCCAAAAGCUGGCCCAAAGAGGUCAUUUCAGGGGUAACGUGCUUGGUGUGCUGCCUGGUUGGGUUGAUAUUUGUUCAGGGCUCAGGGAACUAUUGGCUUGCCCUGUUUGACAGCUUUGCUGGAUCGAUUCCUCUCCUCGUCAUUGCUUUCUCUGAGAUGAUUGGAGUUGUGUAUGUCUAUGGGAUAGACAGGUUCAAUGAAGACAUGAUAUUCAUGAUUGGACAUAAGCCUAACAUUUUCUGGCAAGCCACAUGGAGAGUCAUUAGUCCCCUCAUCAUGUUAGCCAUCUUCAUCUUCUACUUCUCCACCAUCGUCACCAAGGAAAUCUUCUACAUCGCCUGGGACCCUGAAUCGGAAAACUUUCCAACCCUAGAGAAGAAGCCAUAUCCAUCAUGGAUCUAUGUAAUAAUCUUUCUCCUGGCUGGGAUCCCUAGUUUGUCUGUACCCGGCACUGCUGUUUUCAGAGCCAUACGAGAAUACUGCUGCAAGAAACAUCCCAGUGCCCCAGUUCAAGAAAUUGAUUCUGUAUCGUAUAAAGUUCAUAUACAGGAUGAAGAGCUGAAGUCACAAAAAGUCACAGAAAUCUGACCUUCUACACAUGAGAUCCAAUUCAAAGUUCUGUAGUUUUAUACGUUCAUAGGUUAGAAAAAUGUCUUUUCCAGAACUGAUGGAAUAUUGCUAUUUUUUAUUUAUUUUUUGUUGCCAUUGUCCCUUAAAAAUAUUUUGUCCAAAUAUUCGUCCAAUAUGUCAGUGGUUCCAGCUUUUGUUUUCCAAAUUGCCAUAACACAGCAACGUUUACUAGAAGUGUAUGGUAAAAGUAAGAUAUUAAUUAGGGCCUGCUGAAAAAAAUUAAAAAUGGCUCAUUAUAUGAGUAAUAUGUAAUUGAAAAUAUAUGCAAAAUUAGCAUGAUAAGGAAAAUAAUAAGAUAAUUAUGUGCCAUAUUUGGUAGUUGCAUAUAGCAGAGACAUUUUUUUUAAUUUAUAGAUAAAUGUAUUUAUUUUUUCUAACAAAUAAUGCCAACUAAUUUUGAUUUUUGAGAAACUUUUUUUGACUCAUUUGAUUUGACCCAAACAUCUUUUUUUGCCCCUCCCCUCCCCUCAAGAUUCACUGAUUUUGAGAGGAAUAUAUGGCCAUGUUUCUU